UUUAUUUUCUUAUGAAAUUCUAUGUGUAUGAAUGUACAUACAAACUGCCCAAAAGAAGGAAAAAAGAAAUCGUUUUAACAAGACUUUUAGUUUAAUCACUUCCGUAUUGUGGGAGACGUUGUGAUUGGUCCAAAUGAAGCACCUUACGCGUCAUUGGGAGCUGUACGUGUGUUAGCUCGGAGCUAAAAGCUAAAAACAAUAAACAUGUCUAAAGGACAAAUGCUGAAAGAUCUGGUAAAUGCGCGGCUGACGGCGGCUGCGGAAGAGAUCUUUGCGCUGUUUGAAAGAACGAUAGCGGAGUAUGAGGAGGAACUGCGCCGCUCUAAAGAGGAGAACCAGAGGAAAGAGGAGCUGCUGGAGGCUCUGAACCCGAAAAGCGUGCUGCUGUUCAGGGCGGAUAUCAGGACUGGCCCCACGAGUAUGAACCAGGGACCGAACCAGGGACUAAACCUGAAAAUCCCGAAAACUCCACGGAUUAAAGAGAACCCAGAAGAACAGUGCAUCAAACAGGAGGAAGAGUCACUCUCAGUGUCUGUGUCAGAGUCCAGUUCUGUCAGUGUGAAGAGAGGAGAGUCCUCACAGCUCCUACAAACUAAGCCCAGAGAGGAAACACAGGGAGAGGGUCCACAGUUAAACCCAGAGACUGAGGGAGAGUCUGACACGGACAACAGUGAAGACUGGAGAGCUCCAUGCAACUGUUCAGGAGCUCACAUGGAGACAGAGGCAGAAGAACCAGGGACAAGUGUCACUGCAAACAACAUGACAGGAACAGCUGAAAGAACUGACAAGACCACAGAACACAAGUGCUCUAUUUGCAGAAGGACAUUUCGGACUAAGCAUCGCUUAAAAAUCCACACUAGAGUUCACACAGGAGAAAAACCUUGCAGUUGUCCAGUUUGUGGAAAAAAGUUUGCGGUUGGCUUUACACUAAAACUCCACAUGAGAACACACACAGGGGCCAGGCCAUUCAGCUGUCCAUUGUGUGAGAAAGCAUUUAGCCAGAAAGGCAGUAGUGCAAGCAGAGAAGACCAGACUUCAUUCAUCUCGGACAACUUUCACCAGCUCUUCCAGGGGGAAUCCUGAGGCAUUCCCAGGAUCCCCAGGGAGGCAUUCAAGAGGCAUCCGGAACAGAGCCACCUCAGCUGCUCCUUUUGACACAGAGGAGCAGCAGCAGCUCUACUCUGAGCUCCUCUUGUGUGACUGAGCACCUCACCAUACUUCUAAGGGAGUGCCCAGCCACCCUUUAGACAAAACUCACUUUGACCACUUGUAUCCCCGUUCUUGUCCUUUCCGCCAUGACCCAAAGCUCAUGAGUGAGAGUAGAAAUGUAAAUCUAAAGCUGGACUAAACCUGGACUUGUCCAGGACUUGACCUAAACCAGGACUAAACCAGGACCUAACCAGGACCUAACCAGGACCUAACCAGGACCUAACCAGGGAGCAUAGGUGAGAAUAGGAAAGUAGAUUGACACUAAACAAGAGCUUUGCCUUUGCACUCAACUCCUUCUUCACCACAACAGUCUGAUACAAUGUCUGCAUCACUGCAGAUGCUGCACUGAUCUGCCUGUCAAUCUCACACUCCAUCCUCCCCUGACUCUUGAAGAAGACCCUGAGAUACUUGGGCUUGUUUUCUUAGUUUAUUUGAUUUUGUCAGCUUUCAUUACUUUUUGCCUUUUACACACAAAUGCUUCGCUUUAAAAAUAUGAUAACAUGUUGUUUUGAGUCAUUACAUACGAACAUCUUUUGAGAAUUUGUUGUUGCUGUUAUUAUUUGUUCAAAGCAGAAGGUGGCGCUCAUAGCCUGUCUGUAGAUGUCGCAGGCCAGAGAAGGGAUUUUUUUUUUUUUUUAUUCUUAUGAAAUGUUAACAAAAAUAUUUUUUAAAAAUUGUCCAUACGAAAAACUGUAUUUGACCCAGGACUCUGUUGUUUUUUGUUUUGUUUUUUUACUUCCGUGUUAUGGGAGAAAAGUCCUGUGAUUGGUCCAAAUGAAGCACCUUACGCGUCAUUGGGAGCCGUACGUGUGUUAGCUCGGAGCUAAAG